CUUCCGUAAGCUACGGGAUGCUGUGUUUUACUGAAAACUGCGUGCAUAGUUUUGUAUAUACGCCUGUUGAACUCAAUCGAAAGUAGCGACUUUCUAUUUUCUUUGGGCGGUUUUAAUUAGUCAGAAGUGCUUAUGCUGGGGUGGCUGUCACGUCGUGUGAAAUGGAUUAAACCAUGCUGAUGGAGGAAAAGAGCAGCUCUGGAGAAGAGGAGGGCUCUAGAGAGAAAGGUGCGCUCUACAGAUGGCAGGGCUACUUCAGCAGGGUGACCCCAGAGAGACUGCUGCUGUCCAGGCCAGUGCUUCAUGCUGCACUGGGGACUUUACAUGGGCUUCUGCUGACAGAAGAUGGGCUUGUGUAUAGUUUUGGCGAGCAGCCGUGGAAGCGAGUCGAAUCUCAGCCUGCCGGCCCUGUUGUAGAGAGCGCCCUGAGCGGUCAGCGUGUGAUCUCGGUGUCAGCGGGCAGCUAUCACUGUUCUGCUGUGACUGAAGAUGGCCUCAUCCACAUGUGGGGGGAGAACUCUCAUGGCCAGUGUGGCGUCUCUGGGACAGACCAGGUACCCAGUCCCUUUCCUGUUAAUGUGGUAGAUGGCGAAACCCGUCCUCCGCAACUGGUCCGAGUCUUGAAUGUGGCCUGCGGGGCGCAGCACACCCUGGCCCUGUCAAGAAAGCAUGAGGUGUGGGCCUGGGGUAGUGGCUGCCAGCUGGGACUUGUCACCAGUGUAUUCCCCGUAUGGAAACCCCAGAAGGUGGAGCAUCUCGUGGGAAGAUACGUGGUCCAGAUCGCUUGUGGUGGGUUCCACAGCCUGGCUCUGGUUCAGAUUCUUUCUCCCCCUGAGGACAGCCAGCAAGCUCGGGAUAGAUGUGGGCAGUGUAAGCAGAGCCUGUACACCAUGACUGACAAGGAUGACCAUGUUGUUAUCUCUGAUGAUCAUUACUGCCCACUUGGAGUGGAACUGACUGAUUCUAAAGAAGGUCGAAGGUCAGGACAGAGUUCUCCAGCUCAGACACCACAAAACAAAAACUCCUCACCCCAGUUUGAAGCAUCUCCGUUGACCUUGAUUUGCGAAGGCCUGGGUUCUUCAGUUGGAUCUCAGCAAAAUACAAGUCAAGAGGCUCAACCAGUCCCCGCUGUAUCUGCAACCGGACAUGCACGUCUGCGACGAACCAAAAGCAGUCCUUACCCUGAUGAGCAAGCUCUGACCGACUACCUCAAAAGAAUUUCGGACCAGACCCUCGCUGAGCAGGCCGAGGCCUCGUCUUUGGGAGGUUCCCAUCCUCCGAGCCGUCAGUCCUCACUAACAUGUCCUUUCCAAUCAGACCAAAGUGAUGAGCUUACACCUCUUCCCUCUUCACCAGCACUGAGUAGGACUGAUAUUAGAUACCGACAGCGCUGUACGUCAGAUACUGUCACAGACCGGAAACACUCUCUCCAUUUAAUACCAACACUGGAUUCCACCUCUGAUGAUUCUUCACAGCACUCAAGUGUGGAUGGAGGCGUUUGCAUCAGUGACCUCGUGAUUAGCAAUGGAUGUUUGUUUGAGUCCUGUGAGGAGGGAGGAGAGGCAGCUGGGAUGGACUUCUAUCUGGCAGAUCCUCUUCAAGGCAAGAAGAGCACCAGUCUGACGGACAUCACGUUAGAGGAUGCUGAAGCACGUUAUCGCAGAGGGUCUUUACCUGGCUUCUCUCCAGUUUCAGUGUCACCUUCUGGCAGUCAUCGAUCCAACCGUUUAAAAGCUGUAGUAGGUGCCACGUCUAGCACUUCUACCUCAGAAUCCAGAAAUCUCCUUCCUUCACUCUUCACGGAGGUGUGGAGUUGGGGGAGGGGCCAGGAAGGUCAGCUAGGUCAUGGAGACUAUUUGCCAAGGUUACAGCCUCUCUGCAUCAAGAGCUUAAGUAAAAAGGAAGUUGUCAAGAUCACUGCUGGAGCAAAUCAUUCAUUGGCACUGACAGCUCAAUGCCAGGUUUAUUCCUGGGGAAGUGAUAAAUUUGGACAGCUGGGUCGUAUAAACGCUCCUAGCACGGUUCCCAAUCUCAUCACGAUCUCUGAGGGUAUCCGUGUGUGGGACCUGGCUGCAGGGCAAACACACACUUUGCUGCUGGCUGAUGGAGACUGUUAUCAGCCCAUACUGUACUACAGCGGAGAGCAGGUGCUGGAGAACGCUGACAGCGCUCCCCAUCUCUCUGGGACCUACACCCAGACGCCUACCCUUCUGCCCUUCUGCAUGAAUAUUGGCUAUGUGAGUAAAGUGUUUGGGGGAGGACUAAAUUGUUUGGCUUUGGCCGAUCAAAAUGCAAUGGGUUUCAUAUCUACAAUCCAUGAACUGGCUUCGGCGGAGAGGAAAUUCUACUGCACCCUCAGUAAGAUGAAGAGCGAAAUCCUGAGACCCCUUCUAGGCCGGGCGAGUUUGGCCUUGUCGCUGGGUCAGUCCUCCAUGUUGCUGUUUCAAGAGAUGGCUGGUAGUUUCAGCAAGCUUUGCCAUCUCACAGGACAGCACUCCGUAUCCCUCACCAACUUCCUGCAGCGAGGCAAAGUGAUCAAAACACUGGUGUUGAUCAAGAACACAGACAUUUUUAUGGACACGUAUAAAGAAUACAGCGAUCCAGUAGGAAACUUUCUUGUUAUGGGAGGAUUCCAGUCAUUGCUGAAGCCCUCACAAGAAUGCUUUGGGAGGAAACUGGAGUCGAUACAGACUCUGCUAGAGCCCAAGGAGAAGAAUGCAUCGCCCUACGAUCUGUUAGUCAGCUUGUUUUAUAUGCCCUUGCAGCACCUGCAUGGGUACAACAGAUUACUUCUGAAACUAGCCCACUGCUUCGAAGUGAACACAGAGGAAUAUGAUUGGAUUCAAAAUGGCUGCUCUAAAUACGAAGCUUUAGCUCGCCUUGUCAGCAAGCAGAGAAGAGAUGCCGAGGCCACUUUCAAUUUCUGGAAGAACUUCAAAGGGAAGAAUUCGGAAUCCCUGCGUAAGCCGUCUCGUCGCCUGGUUUGUGAGAGCAGUAAUAAAACUCUGACGUUACAGAACGCUGGAAGAUUCUCUGCCAGCUGGUUCAUCCUCUUCAGCGAUGUGCUGGUUCACGCACAGGGCACUAUUCCAUCAAAGAAGCUUUUCUCAUCUCAUUACAUUUAUCCUCUUGCUACACUCUGGGUGGAGCCCAUCUCAGACGAAAGUGUGGGCCAACAUGGACUUAAGCUGACCACACCUGAAGAUAGCUUUGUUGUUCUGGCAACAUCCCCUUUAGAAAAGGGGAAGUGGCUGAGAGCCAUUAAUCAGGCCAUUGAGGACGUACUUGCUCUAGGCCUGAAUGGAAGCACACGUGUGUCUAGAAGCAGCCAGAAAGGUGAACCUCCAGUGUCACGCACGUCUACCUUCACCUUCAGCAAAGAGGGCCGACUCAAAGAUGCCACUUACGAGGGCCGCUGGUUGUCAGGCAGACCUCACGGCAAAGGGACUCUGAAGUGGCCAGAUGGGACAGUUUACUGUGGAACAUUUAAGAACGGGUUGGAGGAUGGAUUUGGAGAUUUUAUGACCCCCAACACAACCUUAAACAAAUUUGAGCGUUACCAAGGUCACUGGAAGGAAGGGAAAAUACAUGGCUUUGGCACAUUUUGGUAUGCUUCAGGGGAAGUAUACGAGGGCUCAUUCAGAGACAAUGUGUGUCAUGGUCAUGGCAUGUUACGGAGUGGAAAGUUAGCCUCUCCUUCUUCCAGUAGUGUGUUUGUGGGCCAGUGGGUUCAAGGGAAGAGAACGGGCUAUGGAGUGUGCGAUGACUUCAGCAGAGGAGAGAAAUACAUGGGAAUGUGGCUUGAUGACCAGCGACAUGGAGUCGGAGUCGUUAUAACUCAGUUUGGAUUGUAUUAUGAAGGAAACUUCUGUAAUAACAAGAUGACGGGCAAUGGGAUUCUUCUCUGUGAUGAUGACACGGUGUUUGAGGGCGAUUUUUCAGAGGACUGGACUCUGUGCGGAAAGGGCGUUCUGUUCAUGCCUAAUGGUGACUCUUUGGAUGGGGUCUUUGACGGUCACUGGGGAGCCGGUCUGAGAGUGGCUGGAACUUUUACAAAACCCUUUGAAGCUUUGAGGAUAGAAAGAAUGAUACCCGUGGCUGGUCAACACGCGGUGCCUGCAGAAGAAAAGUGGAAGGCAGUGUUUGAUGAGUGCUGGAGUCGAUUAGGCUGUGAAGCUCCUGGUGAGGGAGUGCACGACAAAGCCUGGGAGAAUAUCGCAAUCGCCCUCACUGCCAGACGCAGACAACAGAGAUAUCGUCCAGAGGAGCUGAGCCGAUCUCAAACUAAGAUGCUGGAGAGUCUUGAAGUGAUUCCUCAACAUGUGGGCCCUGUUACCGCUGACUCCUACAACAACAUCCGUCGGUACCUCUUGAAGGCCUGUGAUACCCCUCAUCACCCUCUGGGCUGGCUGCUGGAGACCCUUGUGACUGUGUACAGGAUGACCUAUGUUGGUGUGGGCUCAAAUAGACGCCUCUUACAGCAGGCAGUGGAGGAGAUCCAGUCGUAUCUAACACGCAUAUUUCAAAUAGUCAGGUUUCUGUUUCCUGGUCUCCCUGAGGAUGGAGGUUUUAUUUUGGAUUCUUCCAGCUCCUCAGAUGAGGGCACAGAGUCUCUUAACAGCAGUACACAUUCAGAAACACCACAGCAGGGUUGGUUAGUGAGCAGCUCAAGUCUUCUCCUGCCGGUGUUGCUGCCGAGGCUUUACCCUCCUCUCUUCACUCUCUACACACUAGAGAAAGAGAGAGAGGAGGAGGUGUACUGGAACUGUGUGUUAAGACUCAACAAGCAGCCCGAUCUUGCUCUUCUAGCCUUCCUUGGAGUACAUCAAAAGUUCUGCCCAGUUUCUAUCUCUGUAUUGGGAGAGAAAAAGCAGGUCUUGCCUAGUACUAAAGAUGCCUGUUUCGCCACUGCUGUUGAAUCCCUGCAACAGAUCAGCACAGCAUUCACUCCCUCAGACAAGUUGCAGGUGAUACAGCUGACCUUCGAGGAGAUCACCCAGGACAUGCAGGCCCUGCUUGGGCAAGAUUUUCUGUGGUGCAUGGAUGACCUCUUUCCAAUCUUCCUCUAUGUGGUGCUCCGUGCACGGAUCAGAAACCUGGGCUCUGAAGUGAAUCUGAUAGAAGACCUUACAGACUCCAGUCUACAGCUGGGACAGCUUGGAUUCAUGCUGACAACUCUCAAAGCUUGCUACAACCAGAUUCAGCUUGAGAAGACGACAUAGGAGGGGUUGGUUUGUGAGCUUUGCCAACUUGCGCACAGUCUUACGGAGUAGAUGCCAUUUAAAUAGACACGGAUUACAGGUCAUGUCAAGAUGCGCUCCUUCAGGUCUCAAAAAAUAAGCUCACUUUCCACUCAUCUCUUUUAAGCACUGUUGUCAGAGAUGACUUCAGUUAUUAUAACUAAUGAGACUCUCACGUUGACCAUCUAACUGACGGUUAGGUAACCCUUGAAGAAAUUUCAACAUCUACAUUCUCACGCCAUGCUUUAUUGAAGAUAAACACUUCACAUGUUUCAAGAUUAGUACAUAUAAUUUCAGUGAUAACUGACACUCGUUACUAUGUAUAUGAUAACUAUAUAUAAUAUCUUUAGCUUAUGUAUUGAUACUCAAAUAUGAGUACUUAUCAGUGCUUACACAAAAAAAAAACAGUAAGGGUUUUUGAAUGAAUUAUCUCAGAUUGACAGCAACUUGAACAAAUACAUUUACCCUGUAUAGAAAUGCAGUAAUGAACUAAAACCACCCUUAUUAUUUAAGCAAAAGCAAUAAAUGUCAAAUAUUUUGCUAUAGAAGACACCUACCUAAACUACUGUUGAAACAUUUGGGGUCAGUAAGUUUUUGUUGUUGUUGUUGUUGUUGUUGUUUUUGUUAAAGUCUCUUACACUUAACAAGGCAGCAAUAUAUAGCAAAAAAAAAAAACAAUUAUGUUAUUUUAAUUUAAAAAUAACUUUUCUGUUAUGUAGUUUAUUACUGCUAUGCAAAGCUGAAUUUUCAUUACUCCAGUCUUUAGUGCCACAUGAUCAUUCAGAAAUCAUUUUAAUAUGCUGAUUUAUUAUUUUGAGUGAAAACAAUUAUGCUGUUUAAUACUUUUGUAGAAAGCAUGACACUUUUUUGUAACAUUUUUGAUAAAUACGAAGUUCAAAAGAAUAGCAUUUUUCUGGAAAUAUAAAUCUUGUUGUGCAUUUAUACUGUUUUAGACACUUUUUUUUAAUCAGUGACUUUGCAUCCUUGCUGAAUUAAAAGUUCUUACUAACCCCAAACAUUUGAACAGUAGUGUGCAUAAAUGAUCCUUUUUAAGGGACUUCAUUAUCACUGGCUUUCACUAAAAUGAGUCGGGCUUUUGAGUGCUUUUUAAAAGAGAGGUGGUAUUCAAGAACAGCAGCUUCUUUUCUAUUUUGUUCAUGUGUGCUGUUGUAAAGUAAUAGCAUCAGGUUUUAGAAAACAUAAGCUGUUACUGCAAAAGCUUUGAAAAUAGUUACUGUCUUCCAUCUGAAAAAAGUUCAUAAUGCUGCAUCCCAAGUAAUUAGUAGUUGUUGUUUUUUACUGGGUUACUGGUUGUGUUGCCAUUUUGCACAUUACACAGGUUUGCAGUGUUUUUAAAUAAAUGUAAAAUCUUGCGGAUGCGAUGUAGGUAUUAUAAACUGCAAGUAGAGAUUUUCAACUUAAUAGUGUUAUUGAAGACCCAGCAUGUAAAGUCAGCUGUUUCCGUUUCAGCAUGAUGUGCUGAAGCUUUUCACUGUAUGAAAUUUGAUUUAGUUGUAAUUACACUAUCAAGCUGUACCUGAGUGAAUUCAAGAUAUAUCUUUCUAAUACACUGAAGACUAAGGGGUUUUUUAUGACUGAAAAUGUGGCAAUCAACACUAUGGAAUAAGGGAAUAAAAAUAGAAAUGGAAGGGCCCUUAAAGGACCUCUGCAUUUAGUAUUUUGCACUGGGAAAAGGUAGCAAUAACCUUCACAUUCUGCUUUCUUCACAAAUGUCUUCAUGAAUCUGUGUGUGAUCCUAUAAAUGCGUCUUUUGUACAUUAUUUGAACAUGCACUGAAAGAGUUUUGCUGAUUGUUGUGGUUGGAUGAUGUUCAUUUUUAAUAACCGAUUGCCUAAAUCUAGAGGAUGGUUCAAUGUUUAUAUACAGUAUAUGACUUGCUAAUAAGAAAUGAAAAAAACUACUUUAUAGACUACAUUUCUCAAAAUUAUUUUUGUAAAUCUUUGAAAAUCAAAAAAACCCCAAAAACCAGCCAAUUGUUUUGCUAAUUAUGGUAUUGUCUGAUUAACCAUUCUCCCAAUAUUACAGUUUGUCACUAGUCAAGUCAUUGUCAUUGGCUAAGGAUUGCUUAUGAAGGUCAUAAAGACUACCACACCGUUACUGUUAAAUAUAAAGGCUUUUUUUUAAAGAAGGUUACUGGUUUUAAUAAAUUACUGUAAUUGUUGGUCUAAAUGUUACUGUCAUCUUAAAAAUGAAUUUGCAAUGGAAGUCAAUAAAAGAAAUGAUUGAACUGUUUUCUGCCAGACUACUUUUACUACUUAAAAUAAAAAUGGCAUAACUAG